AUGAAAUGGCUGACGGCUGUCAUCAGGAGCCUAAUGUGGUGGCUGCUGGUGAAGCUUCCCUAUACCGGCUGCUACACAGCAACACAGACUGGAGAUGGAACUGGUGUUGGCCCGUUGAAGCUGCAUUACUUCGACCGUCUGCGGAAGGAGAACACGACGGCCGUGGCUGACUGUGAGAAUGCAGUAAUGUCGCCGCUGGUGACUUGUAGAACAACAUAUGUCACUGUGAAGCUGCCUCGUGAAACCAAACUGAAGAAGGUGAAAGAGCUUGAUUUUUUCAGUAACAAAGGAUUCUCGGUGAGACAACGGAAAACCCCAAAUGCUUUGUUAGUGGACAUAUCAAAGCUACCAGACCAGACGUUGUAUUGGGUGCCUCUUCGACCACCACUACGACGGCCGCCCUUCGACAACCACGACGGGUGCCAGCUCCACAACUACAACUGGUCCACCCUCUACCACUACCACCGUUGGGUCGACAACCACGACGGGUGCCAGCUCCACAACGAACGCUGGUUCGACAACCACGACGGGUGCUGGUUCGACAACCACGACGGGUGCCAGCUCCACAAAUACAACUGGUCCACCCACUACCACCGCUGGGUCGACAACCACGACGGGUGCCAGCUCCACAACGACCGCUGGUUCGACAACUACGACGGAUGUCAGCUCCACAACGACCGCUGGUUCGACAACCACAACGGGUUCCAGCUCCACAACGACAGCUGCUCCACCCUCUACCACUACCACCGCUGGGUCGACAACCACGACAGGUGCCAGCUCCACAACUACAACUGGUCCACCCUCUACCACCUCUGGGUCGACAACUACCACGGCUGCCAGCUCCACUACCACCGCUGGGUCCACAACUACAACUGGUCCACCCUCUACCACUACCACCGCUGGGUCGACAACCACGACAGGUGCCAGCUCCACAACUACAACUGGUGCCAGCUCCACAACUACAACUGGUCCACCCUCUACCACUACCACCGCUGGUUCGACAACCACGAUGGGUGCCAGCUCCACAACGACCAUUGCGUCGACAAUCAUGACGGGUGCCAGCUCCACAACAACAACUGCUCCACCCUCUACCACUACCACCGCUGGGUCGACAACCACGACAGGUGCCAGCUCCACUACGACUGCUGGUUCGACAACCACGAUGGGUGCCAGCUCCACAACGACCAUUGGGUCAACAACAACGACGGGUGCCAGCUCCACAACUACAACUGGACCACCCUCUACCACUACCACCGCUGGGUCGACAACCACGACAGGUGCCAGCUCCACAACUACAACUGGUCCACCCUCUACCACUACCACCGCUGGGUCGACAACCACGACAGGUGCCAGCUCCACAACUACAACUGGUCCACCCUCUACCACUACCACCGCUGGGUCGACAACCACGACAGUUGCCAGUUCCACAACGACCGCUGGUUCGACAACCACGACAGGUGCCAGCUCCACAACUACAACUGGUCCACCCUCUACCACUACCACCGCUGGUUCGACAACCACGACAGGUGCAAGCUCCACAACUACAACUGGUCCACCCUCUACCACUACCACCGCUGGGUCGACAACCACGACGGGUGCCAGCUCCACAACAACUGCUGGUUCGACAACAACGACGGGUGCCAGCUCCACAACGACCAUUGCGUCGACAACCAUGACUGGUGCCAGCUCCACAACGACAACUGCUCCACCCUCUACCACUACCACUGCUGGGUCGACAACCACGACGGGUGCCAGCUCCACUACGACUGCUGGUUCGACAACCACGAUGGGUGCCAGCUCCACAACGACCAUUGGGUCAACAACGACGGGUGCCAGCUCCACAACUACAACUGGACCACCCUCUACCACUACCACCGCUGGGUCGACAACCACGACAGGAUCCAGCUCCACAACUACAACUGGUCCACCCUCUACCACUACCACCGCUGGGUCGACAACCACGACAGGUGCCAGCUCCACAACUACAACUGGUCCACCCUCUACCACUACCACCGCUGGGUCGACAACCACGACGGGUGCCAGCUCCACAACAACCGCUGGUUCGACAACCACGACGGGUGCCAGCUCCACAACGACCGUUGCGUCGACAACCACGACGGGUGCCAGCUCCACAACGACAACUGCUCCACCCUCUACCACUACCACUGCUGGUUCGACAACCACGACGGGUGCCAGCUCCACAACGACCGCUGGUUCGACAACCACGACGGGUGCCAGCUCCACAACGACCAUUGCGUCGACAACCAUGACUGGUGCCAGCUCCACAACGACAACUGCUCCACCCUCUACCACUACCACUGCUGGGUCGACAACCACGACGGGUGCCAGCUCCACUACGACUGCUGGUUCGACAACCACGAUGGGUGCCAGCUCCACAACGACCAUUGGGUCAACAACGACGGGUGCCAGCUCCACAACUACAACUGGACCACCCUCUACCACUACCACCGCUGGGUCGACAACCACGACAGGAUCCAGCUCCACAACUACAACUGGUCCACCCUCUACCACUACCACCGCUGGGUCGACAACCACGACAGGUGCCAGCUCCACAACUACAACUGGUCCACCCUCUACCACUACCACCGCUGGGUCGACAACCACGACGGGUGCCAGCUCCACAACAACCGCUGGUUCGACAACCACGACGGGUGCCAGCUCCACAACGACCGUUGCGUCGACAACCACGACGGGUGCCAGCUCCACAACGACAACUGCUCCACCCUCUACCACUACCACUGCUGGUUCGACAACCACGACGGGUGCCAGCUCCACAACGACCGUUGCGUCGACAACCACGACGCGUGCCAGCUCCACAACUACAACUGGACCACCCUCUACCACUACCACUGCUGGGUCGACAACCACGACGGGUGCCAGCUCCACAACGACCGUUGGGUCGACAACCACGAUGGGUGCCAGCUCCACAACUACAACUGGACCACCCUCUACCACUACCACCGCUGGGUCGACAACCACGACAGGUGCCAGCUCCACAACUACAACUGGUCCACCCUCUACCACUACCACCGCUGGGUCGACAACCACGACAGUUGCCAGUUCCACAACGACCGCUGGUUCGACAACCACGACAGGUGCCAGCUCCACAACUACAACUGGUCCACCCUCUACCACUACCACCGCUGGUUCGACAACCACGACAGGUGCAAGCUCCACAACUACAACUGGUCCACCCUCUACCACUACCACCGCUGGGUCGACAACCACGACGGGUGCCAGCUCCACAACAACCGCUGGUUCGACAACCACGACGGGUGCCAGCUCCACAACGACCAUUGCGUCGACAACCAUGACUGGUGCCAGCUCCACAACGACAACUGCUCCACCCUCUACCACUACCACUGCUGGGUCGACAACCACGACGGGUGCCAGCUCCACUACGACUGCUGGUUCGACAACCACGAUGGGUGCCAGCUCCACAACGACCAUUGGGUCAACAACAACGACGGGUGCCAGCUCCACAACUACAACUGGACCACCCUCUACCACUACCACCGCUGGGUCGACAACCACGACAGGUGCCAGCUCCACAACUACAACUGGUCCACCCUCUACCACUACCACCGCUGGGUCGACUACCACGACGGGUGCCAGCUCCACAACAACCGCUGGUUCGACAACCACGACGGAUGCCAGCUCCACAACGACCGUUGCGUCGACAACCACGACGCGUGCCAGCUCCACAACGACAACUGCUCCACCCUCUACCACUACCACUGCUGGGUCGACAACCACGACGGGUGCCAGCUCCACAACGACCGUUGCGUCGACAACCACGACGGGUGCCAGCUCCACAACGACAACUGCUCCACCCUCUACCACUACCACUGCUGGGUCGACAACCACGACGGGUGCCGGCUCCACAACAACCGCUGGUUCGACAACCACGACGGGUGCCAGCUCCACAACGACCGUUGCGUCGACAACCACGACGCGUGCCAGCUCCACAACGACAACUGCUCCACCCUCUACCACUACCACUGCUGGGUCGACAACCACGACGGGUGCCAGCUCCACAACAACCGCUGGUUCAACAACCACGACGGGUGCCAGCUCCACAACGACCGCUGGUCGACAACCACGACAGGUGCAAGCUCCACAACUACAACUGGUCCACCCUCUACCACUACCACCGCUGGGUCGACAACCACGACAGGUGCCAGCUCCACAACUACAACUGGUCCACCCUCUACCACUACCACCGCUGGGUCGACAACCACGACGGGUGCCAGCUCCACAACAACCGCUGGUUUGACAACCACGACGGGUGCCAGCUCCACAACGACCGUUGCGUCGACAACCACGACGCGUGCCAGCUCCACAACGACAACUGCUCCACCCUCUACCACUACCACUGCUGGGUCGACAACCACGACGGGUGCCAGCUCCACAACAACCGCUGGUUCGACAACCACGACGGGUGCCAGCUCCACAACGACCGUUGCGUCGACAACCACGACGGGUGGCAGCUCCACAACGACAACUGCUCCACCCUCUACCACUACCACUGCUGGGUCGACAACCACGACGGGUGCCGGCUCCACUACGACUGCUGGUUCGACAACCACGACGGGUGCCAGCUCCACAACGACCAUUUAGUCAACAACAACGACGGGUGCCAGCUCCACAACUACAACUGGACCACCCUCUACCACUACCACCGCUGGGUCGACAACCAUGACAGGUG